AUGGAUCCUGAUUAUGACGACCCUUUUCGAUGCUGUAUUUGUGGGGCAUGGCUAAAUGGAGAGCGGGAUAGAAUUCUGGCUAAUGGAAGGAGUGUACCGCACAAAUUUUCAUGGAGAAUCAGGUGCAGCGUUGAGGAUUUUAACCAGAUUGUUUUCAGAAAUCGAGAAGUAUGGGGAACCUUUAUUCGUUCAAUUAUUGUUACGUUAGAUAAUAGUCGUCCUCUCUACCAGCUAUCAGGAAUUGCGCAGUUUGACUAUUCUAAUCACAUCAUAGUUCCCAAGGACAGAAACUUAGCGGUUCUAGGAUAUCCUUGCCUGGGAGGUCGAUCAUGCAAGUUUGUGAAGAUUGAAGUAGACGAAUUGGUAGUUGGAUACUCACGUGGACACUUGAUUCACGCUCGUUGUUGGGACUUGAUUGAGAGACUCUUUGGCUGUGAAGCAGAGAAAAAUCUCAAAAUUCUACUGGAUAUUUUCCAGGAAAGGCGGCAUAAUCAGGAUGGUAAGAUGUACGAGGCUGCCUGCUAUGAUUUUCUACGAGAAGACCGAAAGAACUCUAUAGUCUAUCAUGACCCGGUUAAAAUCCUCCCUCUCCGCGCAGUCAUUGAGGAAAGUGCUCAGCGCCCAUACAGAGAAAAGUUUGGUUGCGAGACUCUCAAACCACGUCCGAUAUUCCUUGAUAUAAAACAUACGGCAAUCUCAGACAUUUUACCUUGUGAGAUUCAGUGCAUGAUCCUGGAUCUAAUGAAUUACAAGGAAAUCCCCCAAUUACUCCGAGCGUUUGGAUGGGUUCUGUCUAACUCUUACUGGUAUAGACGAUUUCCUGAAGACCUGGUAUUUGAAGCUGAUGACAUAAUGGAAAGUAAUGCUGAGAUUGAUUGGCAAUUCCUUACUCUUGGAGUAGAGAAACUCCUUCAAUGCUCCUUUGGGCUUUUAAAUCGGCGUCGAUUGCUCACAGUUUUGAGACAAGCGAGGGAUUUAUUCUUUAAAGAAGUGGCCAAACAACACCAUUAG